AUGCUCAGCUCAGCCUUCCGAGCCCCUGCAAAGGACAUCGAGCUCACAAGUCCACCUCCAGACUCAGUAUCAGCUCUGGCUUUCAGUCCGACAGCUGAUAUAUUGGCUGUUGCUAGUUGGGAUAAUAAUGUGCGACUAUACGAUGUAAAUUCGCAGGGUCAAUCACAGGGAAAGGCGAUGUACUCACAUCAAGCUCCUGUAUUGGAUCUGACUUGGUCAAAGGACGGUCAAUUUCUUUUCUCAUCAGGAUGCGAUAACACCGCUCAGAUGUACAAUAUCCAGACUCAACAAGCUCAGCAGGUAGCACAGCACGACGCUCCUAUAAAAUGUAUUGAAUAUGCGGAAGUACCUGGUAGUGGGCCGGUGUUGAUCACCGCAGGAUGGGAUAAGAAGCUGAAGUACUGGGAUCUGAGAUCCGCAAAUCCUAUAGCUACGUUGGACCUUACAGAUAGAGCUUAUUCGAUGGAUGUCGCCGUCUCUUUAUUGGUCGUAGCUACAGGAGAUAGGCAGAUCCACGUUAUAAACCUUUCGAAUCCUACCACUAUCUACAAAACAAUCGAAUCUCCCUUGAAAUGGCAAACCAGAGUAGUUAAAUGUUUCCCUACAGGGGACGCCUAUGCUAUAGGAAGUGUAGAAGGCAGAGUAGCUAUCCAAUAUCCAGGGGGAGAUGACAAGAAAAACUAUUCAUUCAAGUGUCAUCGAUAUGAUAUACCCAAUGGAUCUUUACCAGGUUCACCAGCCGUAGUGGGCUCACAGCAUGUUUUUGCGAUCAACACGAUAACUUUCCAUAAGACUCAAUAUACUUUCUGUACCGGUGGGAGUGAUGGCAGUUUGACUUUCUGGGAUGGUGUAGCUAGGACAAAGUUGAAGACCUUCUCAUGUAAAGAUCUCAAUAACGGAGAUACCGAUGCCCGACCCCCUCAAUUCGGUACGCCGAUCGUAGCUACCUCGUUCAACCACACACAUGAGAUAAUAGCUUACGCCCUCUCCUACGAUUGGUCAAAAGGACACGGAGGAGUGCCACCUCAAGGUUCAAACAUUACCAAAGUCAUGUUACAUCCUGUAAAACCUGAGGAAGUCAAUAAGAAACCACCUAAGCGAUAA